UUUCUUUCUCUCUCUCGCUCUCUCGCGUUAGGAAAGGCUUCUCAGGGUUCGUAUUCUUCUUCUCUCCGCGUCCACCGAUCCGGCUCGCGUGAUUUCUGGCCUUCCGACCGGUUCAGUUCGUCGUAUGUUAGGGCUUCAAGCAGGGUUCUCCACCUGAAUACGCGUCGAGCUUCGAUUUGGUUGGAGUUAAUUGAUCAACGGUUUCAUUGUCGGUACACGCGUUCGACUUGCUGGCUGUGUUGUAUUACUUGUUUUGUGUGAACUUUCGUUACUCGGUGGCAUUUAUCCUCGCUUUGGACGCUGAUUGGCUAAGUGAUUACGCUGUUUGAAACUCCAGGACGGUUUUUGGGUCGGGAUUUCAAGAAUUAAGCAAGUUAUGCAGAAGUUUACUGCAUAGUCAGACUGGGAAUUGAGUUACGAGUGGAUAAUGGCAAAGAAGGAUAGGUUUCCUGGAGUAUGUGCUCCUGGUUUUGCUCCUAACUGUGAGUCGGAAGGCUCUGGUAGCUCUGGACAGGUUGACACAGAGAUCACUGCUUCAGAGGAUUCAAGUGCUCCAAGGAGGAAAUGCAUUAAUUUGAAUUUUGCCACGCACGAUGGCUUUGGUGUUCCUUUUCAAGUCCUCCCUUUAUCAAAAAUGGCACCUUCGGAGAGAAGGGAUUUAGUAAAGAGAUUGAGAGCUGAACUUGAGCAGAUUCGUAUCCUCCAAAAAAGAGUUGAGUUGCAACGAACAAGUGUUGUCGCACUAUCAUCAUCAAGUGAUAUUCUUAGUUGUAGUAACGCACAAAAUGGGACUGCGGUAGAUAACUUGAAGAAACCAUCAGGGUUGAAUUCAGGGCCAGGGAAGAAAGGACAGCCUCCAGGACAGAAGGGGCGUGGCUGGAAGCGUGGUACUUCGGGGAGGUUUGAGUCUGCAGGUCAGGCAUCGAGGACAACCACUCCAAGUACACUUUUGCUUAAACAGUGUGGGGAAUUGCUGAAAAAGUUAAUGCAACAUCAGCAUGCUUGGGUUUUCAAUUCUCCUGUUGAUGUAGUAAGGCUGAACAUCCCUGAUUAUUUCACUGUUAUAAAGCAUCCAAUGGAUUUAGGGACAAUAAGGAGCAAACUUGCUUCAAGUGUGUACUCUAGUCCAUUGGACUUUGCCACUGAUGUCAGACUAACCUUCUCCAAUGCCAUGACUUACAAUCCUCCUGAAAAUGAUGUGCACCUUAUGGCUGAUACUCUUAGUAAAUUUUUUGAAAUAAGAUGGAAAGUUAUUGAAAAGAAACUUCCUAAAGAUUCCCAGUUGUUUCCAGAAAAAUUAGGUAUACAUGAAGAAAAGGAGAGAAGACAGCCAAUGCCUCCAUCAAAAAAGGCAAAAAUCAUGUCAAUGCACCAUAAAGUCAUGCGAGACCCUGUUAAACAGAUUAUGACAGAUGAGGAGAAACAUAAGUUAAGUAGAGAACUGGAGGCUCAGCUGGAGGAGUUGCCAGAUAGCAUUGUUGAGUUUCUGAGAGAGCGGAUUUCAAAUGAAAAGGUAACUGGAGAGGAUGAGAUUGAAAUUGAUAUUAAUGAUCUCAGUCACGAUGCCUUGUUCACAUUGCGGAAGCUUCUUGAUGAUUAUCUGAAAGAAAAACAACAGCACCAGGCAAAAGCUGAACCUUGUGAAAUAGAGUUACUUCAUGAAUCUGGGCCUAGCAAUUCAUCCAUGCAAUUGUGCAAAGGGAAUGAUCCUAUUGAUGAAGAUAUUGAUGUUGGUGGGAGUGAGCCUCCUGUCUCUAGCUGUCCGCUAGUAGAGAUUAAAAAAGUUACAGGCCCUAGAAGCAGUAAAUGUGUCAGUUCAGGCAGCCCCAGAGGCAAUUCUGAUUCAGAUUCUAGGAGUUCUUCUGAAAGUGAAUCAGAUGGUGACAAAGCUUCUACUCCAGUAAAACUACCAAAGGACAGCUCAGGUCCUGGCACAGAUCUAGAUGAAAAGGCAGGUGCGAUUGACUUGCUAGAUGAAAAUCAAUCUGUCAGUGGUCUGGAUCAACUCGGACAAAUUUCCCAGAAGCCAGACUCUGUUGAUUCAGAUUGCCGCCAGGAUGGGGAGGCUGGCCCGGGUGAAAGACAAGUUUCACCUGAGAGGCUCUACAGGGCUGCUGUAUUGAAAAACCGAUUUGCUGAUACCAUAUUGAAAGCUCGGGAAAAGACACUUGGCCAGCGGGAAAAGGGGGAUCCUGAGAAACAAUGUCGUGAGAGAGAGGAACUUGAAAUGCAGAAAAGGAAAGAAAAGGCUCGAUUGCAGGCUGAAGCGAAGGCUGCCGAAGAUGCUCGUAGGCAAGCUGAAGCUAAAGCAGCAGCUGAAGCCAAACGAAAGAGAGAGCUUGAAAGAGAGGCAGCUAGGCAGGCACUACUGAAGAUGGAAAAGACUGUUGAAAUUAAUGAGAAUUCUAGGUUUCUUGAAGACUUGGAGAUGUUAAGUGCUGCCCCUGCUGAACAAUUGCCAAGCUCUGUGGACGAGACGAGCCCUGAUCAUUCCGUAGAUGGACUGGGCAGUUUCAAGUUCCGGUGUAGUAAUCCUUUGGAACAACUUGGAUUGUUUAUGAAAUUGGACGAGGAGGAAGAAGAAGUCGAUCCACCGAAUGCUCCAAACAUUGUUGAUGAUGUAGAGGAAGGACAAAUUGAUUAAUUCCGUGGCUGUUGCUGCCUCAAUCUAUGGAGCAAAAACUGAAUAUGAUUCAGUCAUGACUGUGUUGCAUCGGCAUGCAUCUUAUGUAAUGUUCUACAUACAGGCGACGUGACGUUUCCAGAAAACCUUAAAACUAGUCUAGUAUGAUUUCGGUGGAGUGCUGGAGCGACCUGGUUGGUAUAAGAGUGUGAUGGGCUCCUGCAUUCAUAGUAGACGAAAGUGUUUAGAAUGUCAGAACUAGUUGUUUCUAUCAAAGCCUUUCUAAAUCAACAGCAGCAGAUCUGUAGUGUCAAGGCGCAUGGAUUUCUCAUUUUCUAGUAUAGGAUUUCUUGCCCUUGCCCUUGCCCUCACUAGUAUACCAGGAUUAAUGCAUGUUACAUUCAGAGAAAAAAAAAGAAAAAAGAAAGGGAAGUUUGUGCUUGUGCUUGAGGUGGUGUUUGGGUGGACGCUAAUUUGUUAAGAGUAUCAUUAAUCUUGUGGUGUACUUGCAUAAUGUAUUAUGUUUUGACUGCUAUUAGCUGUCCUGUCAUAAUCAUCUUACCAGUUCUUCGUCU